AUGCGCACUGGGCUAGUCCCAUUGACCGAUAUGUCUCACUUUAAACUGCUACAGCAGUUCAAACCUGACUACUCGCCGAGCGAGUUCGCAGAAUAUGAGUCCCAACGCACUGGUAUGAGAGUAGUCGUUAUUGAUCAGAAAGGUCCAAAGGUGAACGGUUACUUUGUGCUUGCUACCGAGAUCCACGAUGACUCGGGCGCCCCUCACACUCUGGAACAUCUCUGUUUUAUGGGAUCCCGCAACUAUCGCUACAAGGGUUUCUUGGAUAAGCUAGCAACUCGUGUUUAUUCCAGUACCAAUGCUUGGACAGCCACUGAUCACACAGCAUACACCCUCGACACUGCAGGCUGGGAGGGCUUUGCCCGUAUCUUACCUGUUUAUUUGGAGCACGUCAUUGCUCCAACCUUGACUGAUGAGGGCUGCUACACUGAAGUGCACCACGUCGAUGGCGCUGGAAACGAUGCUGGUGUGGUCUACUCAGAGAUGCAGGGUGUGCAGAACAACGCAGCUGAGCUGAUCGAUCUGGCCGCCAAACGAUUGACCUACCCCCCUGGAAUUGGAUUCCGGUAUGAGACUGGUGGUAUGAUGGAGCAACUCCGCGUCUUGAGCGCCGAGCGAAUUCGCGAGUUCCACCGUGAGAUGUACCAGCCCAAGAACCUUUGCUUGGUUAUCACAGGCGAGGUGGAUCAGAAGAACAUGUUAGACAUUCUGGAUAAGUUUGAAGAUACCAUUUUGGACGUGAUCCCGAGCCCGACUGCCCCAUUCACAAGACCUUGGGUGGACUCCAAGCAGACCCCUGCAUUGGAAAAGUCCGUCAUUGAGAGAGUCGAAUUCCCCGAGGAAGACGAGUCGUUUGGUGAAAUUGAAAUUAGAUUCUUGGGACCGGACUGCAAUGAUUCGGUUCAAUCUGGUGCUCUUAACGUUGUUCUUCUCUAUCUGGCUGGAUCAUCCGCUUCUCUGUUAGAAAACAUCAUUGUUGAGAAGGAGCAGCUUGCCAGUGCUGUCUACUACGGAACAGAGGAGCACCCCAGCAUCGAGAUUCGCUUCACCAUGACCAGCGUUGAGACCGAGAAGCUCGAACAGGUGGAGAAGCGAUUCUUUGAGAUUUUGAAGGAGGCAAUGGAGAAAGACCUUGACAUGAAAUACCUGAAGGAAUGCAUUGAACGUCAACGCCGUACCUGGAAGUUUGCCACCGAGAGUUCUGCAUCAUCUUUUGCCGAGUACGUUAUCACCGACUUCUUGUUCGGCAAGCGGGAUGGUUCGACCAUGCGGGAUGUUGCAUCUCUCAAGGAAUACGACGUACUCGAGAAGUGGAACCAAGAGGAAUGGCGGACAUUCAUCAAGAAAUGGAUUUCGGACGCAAACCACGUCACCAUUUUGGGUGUUCCCUCUCAGAAGCUGUCUGAUAAAUUCAAGAGCGACGAAGAGGCCCGCGUUGCUGCCCAGAAAGAGCGCCUCGGUGAGAAGGGGCUGAAGGAGCUUGCAGACAAGCUAGAAAAGGCCAAGGCAGAGAACGAUAAGGAAAUCCCAACGAAGAUGCUGGCCGAUUUCGAAAUUCCAUCCACCGAGUCUAUUCAUUUCAUGGACACCGUUACUGCUCGUUCCGGUGUUGCUCUGAAGCAUGGACGCCCCAACAAUGCCCUUCAAAAUGUCAUUGAUGCCGACGCUAACAAAGCGGGCCUACCCCUUUACGUGCACUUUGAACAUAUCCCCAGCAGCUUCGUGCAACUUUCCGUUCUUCUUUCCGCACAGUCCGUUCCGAUCCAACUGCGUCCCCUUCUGUCCAUCUUCACCGAGGCAUUCUUCAACAUCCCACUUCAGCGUGAUGGAAAGACCAUCGACUUUGAGCAGGUGGUUGUCGAACUGGAAAAGGACACUGUUGGGUAUGGAAUGGAGGCUGCCCGAGCCCUCGGAAACUCCGAGAUGCUGCGCGUCUCUUUCCAGGUCGAACUCGAGAAGUAUGAAACUGCUAUCGCCUGGGUCCAGGAACUGUCUUGGAACACCAUAUUUGACGUGGGAAGAUUGCGGGCUAUUACCUCCAGACUUCUGGCUGAUGUGCCCGACUCCAAGCGUAGUGGUGAUGACAUGCUCGCUGCAGUGCAUGUGAUGGUUCACUAUGCAGAGGAAUCCAUUACCCGCGCUCGAUCCACCUUGGUCAAGGCUCGCUACCUCAAGCGUGUCAAGAAGCUACUCGCUGAAAAGCCCGAGGAAAUCGUGAGCCGCAUGGAGGAGAUCCGCAAGUCUUUGUUCCAGCCGGAGAAUGUCCGCGUGGUUGUCAUUGCGGACCUGGAGAAGCUUACCAACCCCGUCUCCGCAUGGAAGCCGUUUGCUGAGCGCCUCGGAACCAGCACCGAGCUCAAGCCCAUCACCGAUCGCCGUGAGCUGCUGAGCGAUGCCGGAAAGUCAAUUGGCGGCAAGUCAUUCAUCGUUCCCAUGCCCACCGUCGAUUCUUCGUUCGCGUAUGCUACCGCUCGUGGUCUUGAUUCUUAUGACCACCCCAAGCUACCUUCCCUACUUGUUGCCAGUGCCUACAUGAACGCUGUUGAGGGUCCCCUUUGGGUGGCCGUUCGCGGAAAGGGUCUGGCCUACGGCACCAACUUCGCCCACAACAUCGAUACCGGUUUUGUCAACUUUGAUGUGUACCGGUCUCCCAACGCACACAAGGCCUUUGAGGCCAGCAAGCAAAUUGUCGAAGAUCACCUGUCUGGCGCAUCGCCCUUCGACCCACUGAUGCUGGAAGGUGCCAUUAGCAGCAUCGUCGUCAGCUUUGCCAACGAGCAGAUGACCGCCGCCAAUGCCGCCCAGGGCAGUUUCAUUCGCCAGGUUGUGCGCAAUCUACCCCUUGACUACAAGGAGAAGAUGCUCAAGAACGUGCGCGAUAUCAGUGUCGAUCAGAUCAAGGAUGCUCUGCGGGAUAUCAUCUUGCCGCUCUUUGAUCCCAAGACGGCUAACUUGGUUGUUACUUGUGGUACUGUUCUUGAAGAGCCCAUCAAAUCUGGCUUUGAGUCUGUUGGCUUCACGCCCACAGUUCAACCGCUGAAGGAAUUCGAGGAUGACUACGGCUUCAAGGUUGGUGGUGGUGAGGAGGAGGACGAUGAGGAUGAUGAGGACGAGGAUGAUGAUGACGAAGAUGAUGAUGACGAGGAUGACGAGGAGGAGUCUGGAUCCGACGAGGAGAGUGAAGAGGAAGAUGACAAGUAA